UAGUACCACUGUACAAAAGCCUCAGUUGUCUUUAAGUUAUAAAUAAUUCUGAUCAAUCAGAGUGUUCUGCAUAUGUGACGUCACCGUGGGAGGAGGAGCUAAUUCGCUGAUCGGGAAGAGAGAUUCAGUGCACGUGAGAUGGUUAAGAGUUCAGCAGCUGUAUUCAGUUUAGUUUAGUUUGAUUCGAAGACUAAUUUGAGUUAUACUGGGUUACAGUGUGCGUACAUAUGCAAAACCACACACAUACAACAUAUGUAUAACUUAAAAGUCUUCAGUAAAGCAAACAUCAAUCAGACCCAUUGAGUGCUUCUCUUCAAUUAAGAACCAUCAGAUCAUCUCAUUCAGUUCUGGCAGACUGCCUACUGUGUUUCACAAUCCAAACUUAUCAUUACCACGAACCCCUCCAUUUCAUAUGGUCCUUCGAGCCGGAUACAAUGAAUCGCAGUAGAGAGAUGACAUCACGUUCCGAGCCAGUUCCUCCUGUUGUCCGGCCUAGACGACAAAUAAGACUACCUGCACAUCUAGCAGAUUACCAAGUACAAGGAUCAGGCUUUGUGGAGAGAGCACCAUCAGUCAGGAAUCUGAAUGAAGCUGGAAUGGAAGCAGCUGGGCAUAUGUCUGAAAAUGCAUCACUAUCAUCUUCUCCAAAGAGUCAGCCCUCAUAUUCAGAUGAUUACUCUCUUCCAGCUGAAUCACCAGAGCAUGUUCAGCAGUUCUCUGAAUUAAAGUCUAUGUGGAGAGAGAUGAAGAAGGAUACAGAAGAGCUUCACAGCCACAUUCUUCCAGAGAUCUUAUCAGCACUGCAAGGGCUCAAGGCAGAAAAUGCAUCAUUAAAGCAGGAGAUUAGGCAGAUUAAUACCAGUUUUGAGACUUCUCGUCGAUCGUUAGGAUUAACCCCCCGCACUGAUGUGCCGACAUUUGUCCAGAGAAGUUAUACAGUGAAUAAUGAUGCAGUCUCUCCAUCUAGUUAUUUUCAGGGUGAGCAGUUGAUGAGACAGAUGGAGGACCUCACAUUUACGCCCAGGAUGACACAUGCUGAUGGAAGACAACAUACUCACCUUCAGAGUUCAUUUGCAUACUCAGCCCAGUCUGAUAGAGCAGAACGGUAUGACACUGCAGCACCAUCCAGAUAUAGUCAUAUGCCGAUAAAUGAAGAUGUCGGUCUAUCCUCACAUCCACAAUCAGCGUCUAGAAAAGAAAUGGUGCAUACACAAGAGCAGAUGUAUCGAGGUCCUAAGCCUACCAUACCCAGACUCACAGCAGCUGAUCCUCGGCAGUUUUCUCGACUAAGGAUGGCUUUAGAGAACCUUCUGCCAGCAGACGCCAGUGAAAGCUUUAAGUAUCAGAUUUUGACAGAUCAUCUGGACUUAGAAGAGGCCUUGCUAGUGGCGGAUUCUUACUGUAAUUCGGUGAGACCAUAUACAGAUACAAUGCAAGCUCUGGUGUCUAUGUAUGGUCAGCCUCACAAGCUUGUUCUGCGUAGCAUCACUGAAGUUCUGGAAGGCCCCAAUCUCAGGUCAGGUGAUGUGUCGGCUUUCAAGAUUUUCGCACUUCGAGUACGCUCAUUAGUGAGUAUGUUGGAGCAGUUAGGUUCAGAGGGCAAAGCUGAAUUAGAAUGCGGUUCACAUGUGUCAAGACUUCAAAGCAAGCUUCCCCAUGAGCUUCAGAUCAGCUUUAAGAGAUACAUCCACCCUUCUAGGAUCACAGUUCCUACCCUUCUUGACUUUGCAAACUGGUUGGAGUAUGAGCUUCAGGUCCAAGAUGACACCGCUAAAUCAGUUAUGUACGCUCCACCAUUACACACAAGACCUAGGAAAAGAGAAGGCGCUAAACCUCCAGGCCGAUCUACGAGCAUCCUGCUGGGUGCUGAGAAGCCCGCCGGUGAACGUGAAUGCAGGACGUCCGCUCCAGAGCCCAAGCCCAGCUCAGUCGGUUACAGGGAGAAGUCACGUGCUUACUGCCCUUACUGUGAUAACAGUAGUCACUUCCUUAAUGGAUGCCUCAACUUCAAGGAGCUAACUAAGGAACAGAAGGACGUUUGGAUCCGUAAGAACAACAGGUGCUGGAGAUGUGGCCGUAACCAUCACGCAUCCCAAUGCACAUUAAAGGCCCUAUGCAAGACCUGCAACAGAAGCAUUUGCUUAUAUUGCACGAGCUGAAUGAGAGAGUUGGUAACACAACAGAGAUUGAACCUAAGGAGAACUCGUGUCUUGUGAGUACCACAAAGGGCAUUUUGUAUGCAGAUCGUUCUGUUGGGAGCCGCAGAGUCCUCCUGAAGGUUAGUAAAGUCAUCAUUGCAAAUGGAGAUGCCUCAAUGGAAACAUAUGCUGUGUUAGAUGACGGGUCUGAGAGGACCAUCCUCCUCGCCUCUGCAGCUCAGCAACUGAACAUCAAAGGGCAACCUGAAGAUCUGAUUCUGCGAACAGUAAAACAAGAUCAGCAAGUUCUUCACGGAGCAGCUGUCUCCUUUACCGUAUCAUCUGUGUCGCAGCCUCACAAGAAAUACCUCAUACAGCAUGCAUUUACCUCUGAGAGACUGGGCCUUGCUGAACACACCUAUCCAGUGGCUACACUACAAGAAAAAUAUAGACAUUUAGCUGGUCUUCCUCUGCAGCAGAUGGAUAAAGUGCAGCCUGUGCUGUUAAUCGGAUCAGAUUGCCCACAUCUGAUAACACCUAUUGAACCAGUCCGGUUAGGCCCACCAGGGGGCCCUGCGGCAGUCAAAACCCGCCUAGGUUGGACUCUUCAAGGUCCUACUCAUGAGGUUCGUCGUGAGAUCACCCAUCAGUGCUUCUUCACCACUGUUCUUCCCAACACAGAUUUGUUUGCUAAUGUGGAGAAACUAUGGCAGAUGGAUGUGAUCCCUUAUCGCAGCGACAGAGUGGUGACACGAUCCAAACUCGACCAGGAAGCCAUCAGACUCCUACAGGAGAAGACCGUAAGAGUGGAUGUACAAGGUACAAUGCGGUAUGCCACACCGCUCCUUCGACAGCAGAGUAUGCCACAUUUGACUAUGCCAAAGGAAGCCGUUCUGCCUCAGCUCAGGAGUGUUGAGAGGAGACUGCUGAAGAAUUCAGAACAGGCGUCAGCCUACCAGUGUGAAAUCACCAAACUGAAAGAAGCGGGUUAUGUGGCCAAGUUGGAACCGAGGGAGGUGGAAAGCUCCAUAGAGUCAUGGUACAUCCCGCAUCAUAUGGUACAGCACAACAACAAAAACCGUGUUGUCUAUAACUGUUCUUUCCAGUUUGAAGGCCAUAGUCUCAAUGAGUUCCUUUUACCAGGACCCACACUAGGACCAUCACUGCUGUCAGUCCUGCUACGCUUUCGAGAGCGUCCUGUUGCCAUAAGCAGCGAUAUUCGCGGCAUGUUUCACCAGGUGAGACUGCUACACAGUGACAUGCCGUUACUCCGUUUCCUGUGGAGAGAUUUGAUGCCCGAGAAACCCCCUGAUGUGUACCAGUGGCAGGUACUUCCCUUUGGCACCACGUGCAGUCCCUGCUGUGCCACGUAUGCCCUGCAAAAACACGUCAUAGAUCACAGUCAGCCUGGAGAUCCAGUCAGAGAGGUGAUUGAGAAAUCAUUCUACGUGGACAAUUGCUUGCACAGUCUUCACUCUCCCCAAGAAGCAAAGGUAUUAGUCGAUCAACUCUGUGCACUUUUAGCCACUGGAGGCUUCGAGCUGCGACAAUGGGCCAGUAAUUGUCCGUCUGUGGUUACCCACUUACCUGCUGACUCUCGAUCUACUACCUGUGACCUCUGGCUCAGUCAAGGGCAACAAGAUGUCCAUGAGUCUACGCUUGGACUGCAAUGGCAUUGUCAGUCCGACACUCUACAUUACAAGCAUCGAGCCAAGCACACUUCCCCAGCAACGAUGCGUCAAAUCUAUAGAGUUCUAGCCAGUCAAUAUGAUCCUCUUGGCUAUCUUAUUCCCUACACCACCCGAGCUAAGAUACUGGUGCAACGCCUGUGGGAUAAGAAGCGUGACUGGGACGACCCACAGUUGCCUACGGAACUGCUUGCAUUGUGGAAUGAAUGGGAGGAGGAACUAAAUGGAUUGGAGGACAUAUCUCUGCCCAGGUGUUAUUCUCAACUCACCAAAGAUCACUCAUCCUGCAGAUAUGAUGUCCACAUCUUCUGUGACGCCUCCGAGCAGGCGUAUGGUUCCGUGGCUUACCUGCGGAUAGAGCACAAAGAGGGUCAAGUGGAAGUUGCUUUCGUUGCUGCCAGAUCCCGCGUUGCUCCCCGCAAGCAACAAUCCAUACCACGCCUAGAGUUGUGUGCUGCCCUAAGUGGAGCUCAGCUAUUCCAGUUACUGACCACUGAACUUACGAUUCCUAUCAGUUCUUCCAUACUCUGGUCAGACUCCACCACUGUGCUUACGUGGUUGACAUCCAAUUCCUGUCGCUACAAGGUGUUCGUAGGGACAAGAGUAGCUGAGAUACAGGAUAUGACAGCAUCGGCAGUCUGGCGCUAUGUCAGAUCUUCAGACAACCCAGCAGACAUAAUCACUCGUGGCAAAGCUCUUCGAGAUCUCACAAAACAAAGCCAUUGGAGUCAAGGGCCAGAAUUCCUUAAGCGUCCCCCAGAUAGUUGGCCUGUGCCAUCUCCUUUACCACUCGAUGAGCCAAGCUGUGAACUGAAACAGUCAUCCUUCUCUGGGUUAGUGACCACCUCUACACACUCAGUUGACCUUAAACACUAUGACACGCUGACCGAGUACCUGAAUGCAUAUGGACAGGAGCUUCACGGGGCGGCCUACCUCUCCAAUGCUGAUCAUCACAGGGAUGUUCUACAUACAGUCCUCAGUCAAGCUCAAGCAGAGUCAUUUCCUGAUGAGUUGAAACUCCUAAAGCUUGGGAAACCUGUAUCGUCUACAAGCCGUCUAAUCACUCUUUCCCCAGAACUUGAUGCUGUCACUGGACUGAUUCGAGUUGGAGGACGCCUACGACAAUGUGAUGUGCUGGAGGCAAGCACCAUACACCCAGUUGUUCUCGAUCCUCGACAUCCAAUCACAGCAUUAAUCAUAAGGGAUUAUGAUGAGAGGCUGCAUCAUCCCGGUGUUGAGCGGUUAUUUGCAGAAAUCAGAAGAACAUACUGGAUACUGAGAGGUCGUGAAGCUGUUCGUCGACACCAGCGUCAGUGUACUGAGUGUAAGAAAUGGAAAGGACGGCCAGAAGUACCCUUUAUGGCUGACCUACCUCUUACUAGGCAGAGAUACUUUCGCCCAACUUUCUAUUCCACCGGCAUGGACUGUUUCGGUCCUUUCCUCAUUAAGAUUGGUCGACGUAACGAGAAGAGGUGGGGCAUAAUCUUUAAAUGUAUGACGACAAGAGCAACCUAUCUUGAUCUUCUCACCAGUAUUGACUCUGACUCUUUUCUGCUGGCUCUGCGACGGUUUAUGGCCAGACGCGGCAAACCGCAUGAGUUAUUGUGUGACCAAGGCACUAAUUUUAAGGGAGGAGAACGUGAGUUGAAUGAGGCUUUCGCUGCCCUCCAAGAUGACCUAAAGAGUCAUCUGGCUCAACAGCAAAUCAAGUUUAUCUACAACCCUCCAAGUGCCCCUCACUUCGGUGGUAGCUGGGAGAGGGAGAUUCGCUCCAUUAAGGCAGCUCUUAGAGUGACUAUUGGAGCUCAGACCGUUACAGAGGAAGUGUUGAGGACCGUUCUGAUUGAGGUGGAGGGCAUUCUCAAUUCUAAGCCUCUGGGAUACACCUCCUCUGACAUUGCUGAUGUCGACCCGAUCACCCCUUAUUGCUUUCUGAUUGGUCGGCGAGAUGCGUCCUUGCCUCAGGUCAUCUACGAGGAAUCAGAGAUGCUGAGUCGUCGACGCUGGCGCCACAGCCAACUGCUUGCGGAGCAUUUCUGGAGACAUUUCUUGAAGUACUACUUACCAGAUCUUCAAGCCCGACAGAAGUGGACGACUGAAAGGAAGACACUGGAAAUCGGAAAUGUAGUCCUGGUUGUAGAUCCCCAGCUUCCUCGUGCCCUCUGGCCUGUAGGCAGAGUCACACAGGUGUUCCCCGGUGCCGAUGGUCGAGUCAGAACAGCUAGUGUGGAAGUCAACGAGAAGACCUAUACACGACCAGUAGCCCGUCUCAUCCAACUCCCAGCCCUGCCUGAGGACGACUAAGAGAAGAUCUUGACCUUUUGUUAAAUGAACGAAUUCAGUCACUGAAUUCGGGGGCGGCUGUACAAAAGCCUCAGUUGUCUUUAAGUUAUAAAUAAUUCUGAUCAAUCAGAGUGUUCUGCAUAUGUGACGUCACCGUGGGAGGAGGAGCUAAUUCGCUGAUCGGGAAGAGAGAUUCAGUGCACGUGAGAUGGUUAAGAGUUCAGCAGCUGUAUUCAGUUUAGUUUAGUUUGAUUCGAAGACUAAUUUGAGUUAUACUGGGUUACAGUGUGCGUACAUAUGCAGUAAGUUGUGAUUGCUUUAUAUAUAUAAAUACUUUGAUUCGUUAGGUAAUCAUUAGUUAAUUAAUGCAUAGCAUCUGUUUGUCUAUCUGUUUGAUUCAGCGUAUUAACAAUAUUGCUGAUGUCUUUGUUGUGAGAUAUUCAUUCAGACAUAUACAUUGUGCAAUAUGUUAUUAUUGUAAUUUAGUAUUAUGAUGGGUGCAUGUUAUACAAUGAAUCUUAAUUUGCACGUUGCAAUCAUUAGUAUAUGUCCAGACAUGUUUAGCUGACUUCAUGCUGUAUUCACGGGUUAAUGUCGCCCUCUUGUGGACAUUCAAACAUAAGCACCCAUACUUUAGUAUUUAGUGUUUCUAUUACAUUUAUAUUGUGUGUUAUUUAGUUUAAUGUUUAUUAUGGAACAUUUGUAUAUUUAUCUUACUAAGUUUAUUCUUUAAUUC